AUGAAUGCCUUUAAAAAAAAUAUUGGGUUAAGUCAUUUUUUACCCUAUCUGGAAAAACAUCGCAUUUAUGAACUCUUUAAUGAUAUUAUUACUGAACUUGUUAUCAAAAAACCGAGCGAUCAUUUGAACUAUAUAAAGGAAUGGCUAGAAAAUAAUCCAAUCUAUCAAGAUUGUCUUAAAAUUAUCUUAUUAUCUCCCCCAGAUUUCGAUAAAGAAUUAUUAGCUGAGUACUUGGAGAAAAAAUUGAAUAUUCCAAUCGUAAAAUUUGAAAAUAGGUUCCAAGAUUUACUUUCCGAUGAUUUAGUUAAAAAUUUACCAACUUUCCUAGAUAGUCAAGUUACAGAUCUCCAUAAAGGCUGGAUAUUUAUUGAUUUUCCGAGGAAUAAUUCUGAAGCUCGUGUCCUUAAAAAAAUUGGUAUUUUCCCUACUCAUGUCUUUGAAAUAAUUUCUUCAGAUAAAAUAGAAUCUACAGACAGAACAUAUGAAGAGAUAGGAAACACGUGUGUUUCAAUAACAAGAAGAAAAAGAUACAAUGUACCUUGUAUUUAUCGUGUACUGCUGAUAGGUCCAAGAGGGUCAGGAGUUGGAUCUGUAGCUAAAUAUCUUUCACGAAAAUACGACCUUGUAAACGUUGAUUUUAAUUAUCUGUUAGAACAAACGAAGAAACUAAAUUCGUUAUUAGGCGAAGAGUUGCGUUGUUUAGACGAUCGGGAUAUGCCGCUUACAUCAGAGAUGAGAUUUAAAAUUGUGGAGAAUAAAUUGAUGAGCCAUGAGUGUAUCAAAAAAGGCUGGGUAUUGACUAAGUAUCCUUUUACUGGUGAAGAUUUUCAGCUGCUGAAUUCGCUUACGACACCUCCAAACAGGAUCAUUUUUCUUAACGUCGAUCAAGUGACAUGCAGAGAACGAUUACUGUCUCGGCGAUUUAAUAUUCUUAGCGGAAGCGAGCAUCACUUAACGAUAGACAGUGAUUUUCGGUGUGAUUUUGCUAAAGGAUUGGUUACUCAUCCGAAAGAUUAUAGAAGUAAAGUUGAACAGGAUCUUAAACGGUUUAAAGAAAAUAUUGAAUCGAUAUUAAAGUACGCAGGAGAAUCAGUGGAUGUUGUUGAUGCAUCACCUGAAAUAAAAAUAAUUUGUGAGAGAGUUGAUGCUUGUUUAACAAGACCGAUCAUUUGUAAGGUUCCAGCUCAUAAAUGA